GAGCGCUGCCCUAACCGAUGUUUGUAUUAGUGUAGGGAAAUGUCAUGACUGGACUUCGAACUAAUUUGUGAAUACAGAUUUGUUUAUUUACGUUGUGUGAACGUACAUCUGAGCAGAAUAGUUUUACUUUUGUAUGAUUCAAAAUUACUCCAAGGACAGCUUCUACAUUCUCAUAUUUAAGCUGUGCUUCAGUACUUUAGGAAGCUACGAUGUUGCGGACUCAUUUAAAACGUGGAACGGAAAAAUGGUUGCACUUGACAAACCUUCGUUGCAGAUCCCAGUCUGCUGCCGGAAAACAAUGCUGGAAAUGUAGCAGUUCAGAUAUUAACAAUACGUUUUUUUGUGCUUCGUGCGGUGUGUUACGCGAGUCGGCUGAAAAAGAAGACUACUUCGAACUAUUGAAACUGAAGAAAGAUUUCAACAUAGACACUUUGAAACUCGUACAGAACUAUCGCCAUAUCCAAAGUAUGAUACAUCCAGACAAGUUUGCUCAGAAAUCAGAGCAUGAAAAGGCAAUCGCAUUAGAAUGGAGCUCUUUAGUUAACAAAGCGUACAAAACACUUUCCAAGUCCAUUGAGAGGGGCAAAUAUUUACUAACGCUUAAUGGAGUAACUAUAUCUGAAGACAAUACAUCACUUGAUAAAGAAUUUCUCUUAGCAAUGAUGGAUUUAAAUGAAUCAGUGGAGGAUGCAGAAACUGCCGAUGAACUAAAAAAUAUAGCUUCAAAUGUAUCUGUAAAUAUUGAACAUCUGAAUUUAAAGCUAGUCCAACACUUUAAAGCCAAUGAUUUGGAUGGCGCUAAGGAAGCUAUCAUACGUUUAAAAUAUAUGAACAACAUUGAAAGGACCGUAAAAGAAAAGCUUUUACAUCUUAAUCUAAAGUAGUAAACAUCUACUAUAAUAUGCAACGUGUAACUACGAUACACGUCAUGCUCAAUUGUGUGUUGGAUGGAAUAAACCACUUUAAUAUUUGUUGCAAUUUAUGGGUUUUCUGUUGCUCUGAAAAAUUUGUAAUAUUCUGUUAUGUAAAUUCUGCGGCGCUAUUUCAUUCGCUUAUAGAAUAGUCCAUGCAGCAAAAAUGACGUUCAAUUGGAAUUACCCAUGCAGCAAUAUUUUGAUGCUUUUUGACAGCUUCAGUUAUUCCAGUGGGGAAAACAUCGAAAAUAAUCGCAGCAAUCACCACGCGCUUACAGGAAAUUUACAGAGAAAACGUAUCUAAUUAUUCUGUAAGUUUACGAAAGCAAAAGAACCGUGUGAGGAAUACAAAAAUGGUGCAGACAUCUUCAGGAUUCGUUGGAUUCUUCAAAAACAUAUAUAACGAUGAAUACAAAUGUCUAUUAUCAUUUUUUACUUCACAGGGCUCUGGUUAAAAGUGCAUCACUGUUCAUCGUGGGUGUGCGGUUUGCACAGGAAUGUGUUGGUUUGGAAUUGAUGCCAUCGGUGGCUCAUUGAAUAGUGUCAACCCCCUAAUUAAUGUAACAAACGAAUAAAUCCGCGUUUUAAAAUGUA